CUGCGCAGGAUUUUGGACAAUCGGGCUGCCCCAGCGCGCAUGCAUCGCUGUCCGACGUAGGCAAGGCCCCAGUCGCACUGCCCCGCGCGCACGAAUCGCAGCCGCAACGUUUGCACGCAUUCCUUCGGCCGGACACAUGCGAGAAGCGUCACCCCAGUCACCUCAACAGGAGCAGCGCUACCUGCGCGACGUCUUCCGGGAGCGCGGCGACUUAUUAGGAGACGGCUGGGCCGCGGCCCCGCUGCCCGCGCGCGCCGUGCCGCCGUCACCAAUGGACGGGAGUCCGGACUCGCCGGCGCGCGUGCCGCCGCCGCUGGAGGCAGAGGAGGAGCGGGACACGCGCCAGCCCGAGGACACGACGGCGCCGCGCAAAUCAGCGGCCGCUUUGCGCGCGACGCUGGCCGACGGCUGGGCCGUGCCGGCGCUGAGUUCGAAGCGCCGCGACGCGCCCCAUAGGGCCGCUUCUACUCCUCAACCAUCAGAGCCGAGCGCCCUGGACACCAUUGCAGCAAGUGUAGCCUCUAUGUUCACGUCGCCAGCGUCGGACUCGAGCCGUGGCCAGUCGUACGACCAGUAUAUGCAAAGCCACGAGAGUCCAAAGCGCGCGCCCCUGAUGGACUACGAGACGACGGCCUCGACGGAGGAGCGGGGGCCCGUGCUCGGCCGCGACGGCUACGACCCGGGGCAGCGGGUCGUGCCCGCGCUCGACGCGUGCGGCUGCGCGUUCGAGAUGUUCUCGCCGGCGAAGCCGCGGUCGCCGCGGCUUUCAUAACUGGC